UUAGCGUAGACACGUAACCUUGAUAUAAUUAAAUAUAGUUACCAUAGACUUAAGGCAUAUAUUGUUCGUCUGCUGUGAUAAAACUUCAUAUGUAGCGGAUACAAUAAGUAUAAAGAUCAUCAUGGCAAACGAAUACAUCAUCAACAAAUGGAAACUGUGGUUUAGGGCAAUUGAUAUCAACCACAAGGGUCAGAUUUUAUCAGCAGACGUGCAACAAGAGGGGGAAACAUUUGCCGAAUUAAGCCAUGUUGAUGCAGAAAAAAAGAAAGAAAUACUAGCAAACCUGCACAAGUUAUGGAAUGAAUAUGUCUUCAGAGGUAAAACCGGCCCUAUUAACGAAGAGGAAUUUGUUGAGAUGAAUUCUCAACAGUAUGAAGCCGACAAAGCAAAGUUUCAAGCGGGAUUGCGAAAGUGUUAUACUGCUUUGUUUAGUGAUAUAAUCGAUGUUUACCAUGAAGGAUUCGUCACUGAAGAAGAAUUUGUUAACAUCAUGAAGGCUUGUGGACAUGAAAAUGUAGCGCUUGAUAAAAAGUUUUUCAGUUUUUAUAAACCUGAUGGAGGGAAGGUUCCACUGCAAGUUCUUAUCGACUCGUGGGUUCAGUUUACAACCUCUGAUGAUAGUUCGCAAAAAGAUGUGGUGAAGGAAGCUUUAGAGGCGGGCAUAUAAUCGCUCUUGCGCCUGCAAUACGUAUAAGCUUAAUACAAUCAGAGGAUUAUUAACAGUAUGUUGUUCAAUAUUUAAUACAUGUAGUCUAUAUGUAAUUCCUCAGUUGAACCUUAGAUAAAGAUUUAUAUAAACGAUGCAUUUGAUAUCCCAUUACCUUUAUUGAAACUAAAUCAGAACAUUCUAGAGGUCACAUACAUCUCGUCAAUCACCAAUUGUCAACGAGUGUUUAUAAACGUCUGGUAGUAAUAUAAAACUGUGCAUUCUAUAAGAAGUUGACAUGAAAGUCUGCAAUAUGAUGUAACAUUAAAAUAUUUGCAAUUCAAACAAUUAUUUUAUAAGUAUGCAACACUGGGUCAAAUAGGAGGAUGUAGAAGUCAAAGAAAACUGUAACAACAAAGAAAAAGAUAUUGCAAAUUUGUCUGUUUAAAGAAAACGUGAAUGCAUUCUGCCUUUACACAUUUGUUCAUUUUAUAUCAGAUGGCAUAUAUAUUAUUAAAGCAUAUUCCAGAUACCACAAUAAUAUUAUAUCAUAUGAGAUUUCGUAUGAUUUUAUUUCAGUUUAACAGUUUUUAAUGAUCCUUUUCUUAUUUAUGACAUUUUUGUAUGGUUAAAAUGUUGUUACCCUUUGUGAUUUCACAUAUAAGGACAUGCAAUAAAAGACAACUUCAUACAGUCUUUGACAAGGUCCUCUCAGUAAGGUUAUUUGCAGUAAAACUUUUUGAUCAAUGGUAAAUCCUAGCUGUAAAUCGUGGUCAAACAUAAGUGAAUAAAAUUUCAUAAGUGAUUAUCUUUAAGAGCUUCUUUUAUAAGUGAUUAUCUUUAAAAGCUUCUUUUAUAAGUGAUUAUCUUAAGAGCUUCUUUUAUAAGUGGUUAUCUUUAAGAGCUUCUUUUAUAAGUGGUUAUCUUUAAGAGCUUCCCAUAAAAUCCACCUACACUACACGUGAGGUCUCAGAUAUAAGUAUUUUAACCUUUUGCUGUAUAUUGUACCUAAAUAUCAAUGAACAUAAUAAUAUUGUGGAGAACAAUAAAAGAAACAGUUGUCACCUGAACGUUUGCUUAUUACAAGAAUAAAUAUUGAUAGAAAAUAG